UUUGUUUUAGUUGAAGACAUUCAAAGAUGAGAAUGUAUACUAUAGUAUUUGCCAGAAGUUACAUGAUGAAUUCGAACAGAAACUUACCGACAUUGAACGAAAAUUAUAUGCAAAUGAAAUUAAUAUAGAGAGCGCUAAAGAAAGUAUACACUCCGAAAGCCAACAAUUCCAGAAGGAUCGGGAAGAAGUGUUGCGAUCACUUGAGAAAAUUUCUGACGAUGCAAAGCAAGAUUUAACAAGGACUAAAGACGGCAUUCUUUUGUCCAUUGAAGAACAAAAAAAAAGGAUCAAAGACGAUAUAACGUCUUUGGAAAGAACGACCAUAGGAAAAAUAGAACAAUCUGUAUUAGAUGGUAAAAGAGAGCUUGAGGUACAUGUUAUAGAAGAGAAAAGACAAGCCAAAGAAGACAUUAAACAAUAUUUCACAGAAAAUAAAAGAAAGCUGGAAGAUCAGACAGAUAUAGAUGCUAAGCGGUUGCGUAUAGGAAUGCUACAAGAAACAAAACUUAAGUUCAAGGCACAGUUAGUCGAGUACUAUAACAAAUGUGCCAGCAAGAUGACCUGUCUGCUCGACAUUGACGAAACCAUUGAUGAUAUAUACGAAAAACCAAAACUUACCUUAAAGAAAACCGAAAAAGGCACGACAACAGAGACAAAUAUUCCUGAAGUAAGCCAAUUGUUUUCGACAAGUGAUGGCCCUAUGGCCGAAAAGAUCAUCGUCGAGGGUGAGCCUGGAACAGGCAAGACCUCUUUGUGUAAAAAGAUCGUGGACGACUGGCGUAAAGUAAAUGAGAAAGGUGAGCAGGAGCCGAUCAAGUCAAAUUUAAGUAAGUUUGAAUUCGUAUUCUACAUCAUACUUUGCCACGUUAACACUGAGAGUGAAAUUAAAGCAAUGAUAGUCAAACAUAUUCUAAAGAAAAUUGAUUCAGACUAUGAAAACGAGCACUCACUGCUGGGAGAAAUUUUAAAAUCAGAGCACUGUCUUCUCCUGCUUGACGGUUUGGACGAAUGGCGUGGAAAAAUGCCUCAUGUUGAAACAAGUUGGAGAAAAUGUACACUAUUAAUCACAACACGACCUUACAAAUUGGCUGAACUAAAGGUAAUUCCAAUGCAGGUCGGAAAACAUGUAAAAUUGAAAGGAGUUCAAAAUCCGGAAAAACUUGUUUUGAAAGUAAUUCGGAAGUUAGAGGAGUUCCACAAAACAAACAAGGACCCAGAGUCCUGCAUUAAGGACUUACAAGACAAACAGCUGUGGCACUUCAGUAAAAAAAUUCCCGUCGUUCUCGUUCAUAGUGUGUGGCUCUGGCAAAAGAGUAAGUUAAGAGAAAACAUGUCUCUUUCUACUAUUUACCGGGAAAUUAUUGAUGAAAGAUGGAACGAAAUGUGUGACAAAGAAAAUCAUUAUACAGAUCCACAAGCGUUAUAUGAGGUACUAAGCGCCAUAGCAUUAAAUAAACUACUAACUAAACAUGAGGACGAAUCACUCGUGUUUAACAUUGAUGGGAUACAGCUAGAGAAAUUUACUCAAUACAAGGAUGCAUCGCUUAAGUCCGGUAUACUGUCUGCAAUCAAUGUGCCUGGAGAACGCGUUCCUAAGUACCAAUUUAUUCACAAAACAUUCCAAGAAUACCUUGCAGCAGUGUUUUUGUCAAGCCGCGGUUCGGCAUUGUCCGCAUCCUGCGAGCAUGUGAAAAGAAUAUACUUGGAUCAUAGGAACGAAAGUGUUUUUGCCUUGUCACAGUUAUUUCUUUUUCUGUGCAGUUUAAAUCCAGAUGCAGCCACGGAAUUUUCGAAGGUACUUAAUGAGCUGUUUACUGAGAAUUGUGAAAAAGAGGGAUCAGCUGAGGAAGCCAGGACAUUCCAGCAAAUGAUACUGCGAGGCUACGAGGAGGCAGAGAGAAACGGACACAUCGGGGCAGAGUUCUGCUUGCAGCAUAUCGUGCUUGAAAAAGGUCUUACAGAGAAUCAUAUGUCAAAGUUGAAACUGUGCUUGGAGGAUAAAAGAAAAUCCAAUCUCGUAUCAUUACGUAUUACCGAAGAAAGCGACCUAACUUCUGCACUGCAGUACUGUGGCGAUCCAACUGUUUUAGAUUUAGAGAUUUGCAAGAAUCUAAAAUUUGUUGCUUUAGUUGAGGUAUCAUAUGAAGAUAUCAACCAAUUGAAUUUGAAUGGAUUGUUAGAAUGCAUAAUACAAUUCAGUAACUACAAAGCUGCAAGUAAAGUGAUGACUUCAUUGCAGUCUUCUGAUUUACGACGUUUAAAAUCACUUGUACUGAAAAAUGUUUGCUUUGACUGUAAAGCCAUGGACAUAUUUUCAAAACUUGAAUGUGUCAAAAAUAUAUCCCUCGCAUGGUGCAAGGCGAGUCAACCAAAAGAUUCACAUCUUGACCUAUAUCAUCUUAGGCAUCUCAAACAACUCACAUUACUUGAACUGGAUGUCACUGACGUUGUUAAUCUACAAAUGCUCAAUCUGCACACAUUAGAGAUCGAUUUCAGAACACAACAACGAGCACAAAAGUCGAUUGCAACGUUAAUACCAAAAGGUGACGGUUCGCUUACAACAGUUCGGGUUGGGACACACGCUACCCUGAGUUACCUCAAACUGAAGAACGUGCAUAUGCCAUCAGAAGUGUUCAUGCGUCUUGUUAGUAUGGUGAUACAGCUGGGACAUAAAGCGAACUGUACGUUAAGUAAUUGUACAGUAGAUGAGGAUAUAAUACAGCUGCAGGAGGAGGUGGGGAACCAGCCCGCCCUCCAGGUGGUAGCUCCACAGCCAACUGCCUAUGAAAAAUGCAUAUUGUUUUCGAGCGUGACCAUGUCAGCAGGGAUGUUCAGGCGUCUCGUAAGUGUGGUGACGCAGUCAGGGCAUCCUGUACAAUUUGAGGUAAAAGAGUGUACAAUAGAAGAGGACAUAAAACAGCUGCAGAAGGAGAUAGGAAGCCUUACCGCCCUCCAGGUAGUAGCUCCACAGCCCGCCUCACCUGACUAUCAAACACACAUAUGGUUAUCGAACGUGACCAUAUCAGCAGGGAUGUUCUGGCGUCUCGUCAGUGUGGUGAUACAGCCGGGACAUUCUGUGUACUUUACGUUAGAUAGGUGUACAAUUGCCGAGGACAUAGAACAGCUAGAGGAGGAGUUUGGGAACCAGCUUCUCCACAAAAUGGUAGCUACACAGCCCGCCUCAACUGACUAUAAAACAUGCAUACGGUUAUUCGGUAUAGCCAUGUCAGCAGGGAUGUUUAGGCGUCUCGUUAGUGUGGUGAUACAGUCGGAACAUUCCGUGGAAUGUUUGGUUUCUGAGUGUACAUUAGACGAGGACAUAAAACAGCUGCAUGAGGAGGUGGGGAACAAGUCCGCCCUCCAGGUAGUAACUCAACAGCCCGCCUCACCUGACUAUAAAAUAAACAUAUUUUUAAUGAACAUGACCAUGUCAGCACGGAUGUACAUGCGUCUCGUUAGUGCUGUGAAGCUGUCGGGACAUUCUGUUGACUUUGAGGUAAAUGAGUGUACAAUACAUGAUGACAUAAAACAGCUGCAGGAGGAGUUGGAGAAUCCGACAGCCCUCCAGGUAGUAGCUUCACAGCCCCCCUCAACUGACUAUAAAAAAGACAUUAAAUUAAAGAGCGUUGUUUUGCCAGCAGGAGUAUUGGGGCGUCUCGUGAGUGUGGUGACAAACUCUGGAAGGCUUGUUGACUGUGAGAUAGAGUACUGUACAAUAGACCCUGUCGAGGAGGUGAAGAAGUUGCAGCUGGAGAUGGAGGAACAGCCCGCCGUUCAUGUGAAUGGGUUCAGCAGGUGCGAACGAGGCUGGUGCAUUACGUACAAAAGCAACGUUUAAAGGUAAUCAGUCUGCGCCGAGAAUUUGCGUUGUGAUACGAAUAUUCAUCCGAUAGGGACUUUCGAACAAUGUUCAACUGUUUACUGGCAUCAGCGAAACAUAGUUUUAUGUUAGUGGUGUAAAAACUAUAAUGCUUGAGUUCCUACUAAAGUUGAGUUCGAAAAAUCGCACUUUCAUAAGACUUUGUAAAGAGUUAUUUUUCUGCAUGAUUUAUUAGAAAGAUUUAGUGUUACCAUCGUUAUUUAAGGUUAACCAUUUUAAAUAAUCAUACCUACAUAAUGCAAAUGAAACCUAUCAAUAUCAGACAACAAAUAAAUUCACUUGCUAUUCUAUAAACAAUUAAACACAAAUCCCAAUGCAUAAUUUCUUUUUUUCUUUCAUAAGUUUUGGUCAGAAUAUUCGAAAUCAAGCUAUAGUUCUGCUUAAAACAAACUAUCAAUAGUAGUAAACAGCUAUAAUUUUAGUUGAUGCUAUCUAGCUAUACAUCCUAUUGAAAAAAACGUUAUUGUCAAGAGGAAAAAUCCGGCUAUAAUGCGUCGGUCCGCAUUGCCACUUGUUAUACUUUGUAUGUACAUAUAUGUCAUUAUGAUUAUUUAUCUGAACGUUAAUUUUUUGAAAUGCAAAUGAUGAAUUAAUUUAGAAAAAAUCCAAUCCACAGUAAAUUAGCUAUUUGUUCGUACAUUUUCCAUACUUUUUAGUUGUUUGAAGGUUUCGAUGACACAGUUCUGUAUGUGUCGCAUAUUUAUGGUGUAUUUUAUCAUUAACGAAUAUCUAACGAACAUUUUAAAUAGCUCUGUUUUUAAAACAAAAUAUGGUUACUGUUGGGCAAAAUGAUUAAUAAAAAUGUUAUAAAUAUUGUGACCGAUGCGACAGUUGGUAUUAUCGUGGAUUAUUUUGGAAAGUUCGGAUUUAAAUAAUAUUUGAAUGACGUGCAUGAUGUUAUUUGACAUGGUGUUGAAUUAUCGUGGAUGUUACGAAGUUUAUCUAUUUUGUGGAUUAUGCACAUGGUGUAAUUUUGGCAUGAUCGUGCAUUACCGUUAAUUUUAAGAUGUUUAUCUUAACUUUGAAUGACGCAAUUGUUGUUAUUUCGGCAUGGUCGCGGAUUAACGUGGAUGUAACGAAGUGUACGUUUUUGUCAAUGAUGUGCAUGUUUAUUUUCGUGAAUGUAACGAAGUGAAUCUAUUUUGUGACGGACGCACGUGUUGUAUUCUCGCCUUGUUCGUGGAUUAUCGUGGAUGUUACGAUAAAUAACGUGCAAGUCGAGAAUAUCUUUUAGUAUUUGGAUGUUGCUUUAUUUAUCUAUGUUGAAAAUGGUGCUGAUGUCGAUAAAAAGGUUAAUCAAAAUUGAACUGAUAAUUGAUAAUAACAGGUAGUCUAUUUCAUUAAAAUAUAAGUAAAUUCAUAUAUUCAGUUUGUCGUCUGCAUGUUAAUCCUGUAUUAUUGAAAAGGCAUGAUCGCUCGUUAUCUUUUUUUUUUAAAGCAUAUCGUCAAUUUUGCAAAGUUUAUCUCAUUCGGUGCCCCUCGGCCUUUUUUAUCGAAAACAGCCUCGGAUGUAUUUGGACGGUUUACAAACUCAAAAAGUGGUACGUUUAAGUCCGCUGCAAGUAGAUCGCGUAGUAAUUUUAUUUAAUAGUUAAACUUGAUGACUUAACCUUUGGGAAUCUUAAUUAUAUUUGCAUUAAUACACUUCACUGGUAAUUUAUUUAAACUUAGAUAAAUUAAUACAAUACUAAAACACUACAUUUAAUUUAUGAAAUAGUUCAAGAACUUACGAACAACUUCAACUGAUGUACAGGCAUGCAUCCGAGGUUGUUUUCGAUAAAAAAUGGCCGAGGAGUUCCGAAUGAGUUUAUCUAUGUUGUGAUUUACGCGAAGGAAGAGUGAAUAGAUAUUUUUCAGUAUGAAGUAAUCGGUAAAAAGAUCAGAAUACUUUCUGAAAGCUAUAUAUAGUUUACUCAAAUACGUACAUGUACACGUUUGUUUUGAGUCCAAAAGUUGUGAUGUAAGAAUGCGUUCAUGAUUAUUUUUAGUAUUGUGUCUUAUGUAACAGUAUUAUGCAUUGUAUACACUAUAUGUGUAUAUGUAGAAAACAUGUUUUCUAUUAGCAUACGAUUGUUAUCAAUUUGGUUGUUUUAAGUUUUUUUUAUAAUGUUUCUUGUUUAAAAUACAUGUAUUUGAUCAUUUAUUUGGCUGACUGAUCAUGUAUAUACCUUGAUAAUGCUUGUAUGUACCUUGAUAAUGCAUGCAUUUAAUUUGAUAAUGUAUGUAUUUUGAUAUUAAUGAGAAAUGUCUUGGUGUUUGUGUAAUUUGUGUUUUACUUUUAAAUGGUGAUAAUGAAGCCGGUUGCUGCGAAAAGGGUCUAAUAUAUAUAUAUUAUAUUCAAGCGAAAGAAAUGUUGAUGAAAUGUCCUAGUUAAAUUUGAGAAUUUUAGAAGUUGAUGCUGUUAGCAAUAUGACAGGUUUAGAUGUUCUAAAAUUAAUUAUUACUUUUAGGCCUUCGGGUUUUUCUGUAAGUAAGUUUUCACACUUAUAAUGAAUAUUUGCUACAUUACAUUGAAUUGGAUAAGGCACUGCAUCCAUUUAAAGCUAGCUGUGUUUGUGACCCAUUAGUUUAUUAGCUAUGAGUUUAAACCCCAUGUGCAAUUGGUUCCGCUUAAAUUGGUUUUUCGUGUUGAUUUAAGAAAUACGAAGGAAUUAACCAAGAAAAAGUGUUAAUAUAAACAAUGUUAUAUAAUGAUGAUCAUCAUGUCAUGUCAAUAUUACUCACUAAGUGUGCGAUUUCAAAUGAUGCCAGUUUUACACAGUGACAAGGCUGCCUUAUGAUGGAUGAAACAUCUUAUCCGAUGUACAAAUAAGCUUGCUAUUCGUUGUACGGUCCCAUGGGUGAUGAUGUAAAAUAUUUAUGCCAGGUGACCCCAUAUACAUGUUGUACAGUGUGUGUAUACCACUUGAUAAAUUGCGUCAUAAAUGCUACGUCUGAAGGCAAUAUUUUGCUUAAAACAAAGAUAACUUCACUAUUUCUUCACAAUUUUGAAUAAAGCAUAGCGCAGUCUACGCCGCUUACGGAGCGCCGCCUUCGAUCUUUUACAAGAUUUUGAUCGAGAGUUUAGUUUCUUAAAACACUUCGGCAUACCUUUUCUCCCACCUCAGAUAAGUAGUUCCAAUAAUUUAACCAUGCUUGAAAUUCUUAUCUUGCCCACGGGCGAAGAUAAAAUGCCCGUAUGGAACUAAUUAUUAAUGGUCACCACAUUGGAAAUACCUCCCUUGUUGAAGACUGUCGUCUGUAACAUCAUGGAAACCUUCUCUUAUGGCAAUAUUUAGAACGCUUAUUAAUUAUUUCUCGCUUAAAAUGUCAUCAUUAUUCAGUUUUCACGCAACCUUCAAGAAAUAAUGCUUCACUCGACUUAGAACUACGUAAAGACCGAUUUGACUAUUAACAUAAUCUUAAUCACUGCGCGCGAAUCCGCGACAACUACGAAUUAUCGCAUACUCCAUACGCAAUUAUUUUCACUAAGCAUGAAAGAGUUUCAGCAAAAAAUACAAUUUUACUUAAUUUUGUUUAACUGAGGUGGGAGAAAAAGCAUCUACUAUAGCCACUCGUGUAAGAUAGGUUCAUCCCGACCCUACGCUCGGGUCGAAAUGAACCUAUCUUACACUCUCGGCCAUGGAAGAUACUUAUAUUCACGAUACGGCCGUCUGACGGAGCACUGUCAAAAUAUUUUAGAAACAGGUUUUUCGAAGUGUUUGAUUAAACUAAUCACCAUAUCAAACUUCGGAAAUAAAGCGAAUGCGGGGUACUUUAAGCGGCAUAGACUGCUCUUUGUUUUAUUUAAAAUGUUAAAGAAAAGCUAUCCUUGAUUUAAAUGUUGCAUUUUUACGAAACAUAUAUGACGUAAUUUAUGACGUGGUAUAACCACACUGUUGUAUCAUUUGAAGAAGUGGCCAUUGCUGACUACAUAAUGAGAUAUGGAUGACUGAUAAGAAAGAAUGCAGUUUGUAUUAGUGUUCUUUUUAUUUCAGCAGAAUUUGGCAUAAAUUAACCUAUUUUUUAUUCUUUCGAGGCAGAAAAUGCUUGUUUUUAAUAAUGUUUAGUGUAUGUUUAACAUAUCAUUACUCUACUCAUAAUACCAUUUAAAUGAUAUACAAAUAGUAUGUGAUCACCAUUCUUCCAUAAUUCUACUGAGGAUACCUUAAGUACAGUUAUUGUUAUAAGUUAAAGGUUGUCUGUAUUUUGUUUGUUAAGUACAGACAAUGAUAAUUUUGUUGGUAAUGCACUGUACUUAAUAUUGCAACUUUAACUACUGUGAUAUAGUACAUUUAUUCGUUUUAGGGGGAUUUUAUGUGAGUGAUGUAUUUUGAAAUGGAAAUUAAUAUUAUACUUGAAUUAAAUAAUAAACGAGAAUAUCAUUGUAAGUAAUUAAGUAAAAAAACUGGAGGUACUUUUUCAAAGGUUGCAAAAUAUACAUAAUAAUAGUUUAUGCUCUAUAUUGUGUGAUCUACUUUUUUAUUAGAAUUACUGUCAAUGAGAGCAUGCAAGUAGAUAUUGAAUGAUAAUAAACUCUAAUUUCGGAUGUAUUAUGUAUGAAAUAAAGGUAUA